GGCUCUCCCGGGGAGCGGCCCGGGACUGCACCCGGACCGGCGCCUCCCCGCUCCGCGUUGCCCUCGGCCUCGCCCCGGGCCCGGGCGGAUGAGCCGCGCGCCCGGGGGACAUGGAAGCGCUGACGCUGUGGCUUCUCCCCUGGAUAUGCCAGUGCGUGUCGGUGCGGGCCGACUCCAUCAUCCACAUCGGUGCCAUCUUCGAGGAGAACGCGGCCAAGGACGACAGGGUGUUCCAGCUGGCUGUUUCCGACCUGAGCCUCAACGAUGACAUCCUGCAGAGUGAGAAGAUCACCUACUCCAUCAAGGUCAUCGAGGCCAACAAUCCUUUCCAGGCCGUGCAGGAAGCCUGUGACCUCAUGACCCAGGGGAUUUUGGCCUUGGUCACAUCCACGGGUUGCGCAUCCGCCAACGCCCUGCAGUCUCUCACAGACGCAAUGCACAUCCCACACCUCUUUGUCCAGCGAAACCCAGGGGGCUCUCCACGCACCGCCUGCCACCUGAACCCCAGUCCUGACGGGGAGGCCUACACGCUGGCCUCCAGACCACCUGUGCGCCUCAAUGACGUCAUGCUCAGGCUGGUGACAGAGCUGCGCUGGCAGAAGUUCGUCAUGUUCUAUGACAGCGAGUAUGAUAUCCGUGGGCUCCAAAGCUUUCUGGACCAGGCCUCGCGGCUGGGCCUCGACGUCUCUUUACAAAAGGUGGACAAGAACAUUAGCCAGGUGUUCACCAGCCUCUUCACCACGAUGAAGACAGAGGAGCUGAACCGCUACCGGGACACUCUGCGCCGGGCCAUUCUGCUGCUCAGCCCGCAGGGGGCGCACUCCUUCAUCAAUGAGGCCGUGGAGACCAACCUGGCUUCCAAGGACAGCCACUGGGUGUUUGUGAAUGAGGAAAUCAGUGACCCAGAGAUCCUGGAUCUGGUCCACAGUGCCCUUGGCAGGAUGACCGUGGUCCGGCAGAUCUUCCCAUCUGCAAAGGACAACCAGAAAUGCAUGAGGAACAACCACCGCAUCUCCUCUCUGCUCUGCGAUCCCCAGGAAGGCUACCUCCAGAUGCUGCAGAUCUCCAACCUCUACCUGUAUGACAGUGUUCUGAUGCUGGCCAACGCCUUCCACAGGAAGCUGGAGGACCGGAAGUGGCACAGCAUGGCAAGCCUCAACUGCAUCCGCAAGUCCACCAAGCCGUGGAAUGGAGGGAGAUCCAUGCUGGACACGAUCAAAAAGGGCCACAUCACUGGCCUCACAGGAGUGAUGGAGUUUCGGGAGGACAGCUCGAAUCCUUAUGUGCAGUUUGAAAUCCUUGGUACGACCUACAGUGAGACCUUUGGCAAAGACAUGCGGAAGCUGGCGACGUGGGACUCGGAGAAGGGCCUGAAUGGCAGCCUGCAGGAGAGGCCCAUGGGCAGCCGCCUCCAAGGACUGACUCUCAAAGUGGUGACUGUCUUGGAAGAGCCUUUUGUGAUGGUGGCUGAGAACAUCCUUGGACAGCCCAAGCGCUACAAAGGGUUCUCCAUCGAUGUCCUGGAUGCACUGGCCAAGGCUCUGGGCUUCAAAUAUGAGAUUUACCAGGCCCCUGAUGGCAGGUACGGUCACCAGCUCCAUAACACCUCCUGGAACGGGAUGAUCGGGGAGCUCAUCAGCAAGAGAGCAGACCUGGCCAUCUCCGCCAUCACCAUCACCCCAGAGAGGGAGAGCGUCGUGGACUUCAGCAAGCGGUACAUGGAUUAUUCGGUGGGGAUCCUAAUCAGGAAGCCCGAGGAGAAAAUCAGCAUCUUCUCUCUCUUCGCUCCAUUUGAUUUUGCUGUCUGGGCCUGCAUUGCGGCAGCCAUCCCUGUGGUUGGUGUGCUGAUAUUCGUGUUGAACCGAAUACAGGCAGUGAGAGCUCAGAGUGCUGCCCAGCCACGGCCAUCCGCGUCUGCCACCUUGCAUAGUGCCAUCUGGAUCGUCUACGGAGCCUUCGUCCAGCAAGGUGGUGAAUCCUCAGUGAACUCUAUGGCCAUGAGAAUCGUGAUGGGCAGCUGGUGGCUCUUCACUCUCAUUGUAUGCUCCUCCUACACAGCCAAUCUUGCUGCCUUCCUUACAGUGUCCAGGAUGGACAACCCCAUAAGGACAUUCCAGGACCUGUCUAAACAAGUGGAGAUGUCUUAUGGCACUGUCCGGGAUUCUGCAGUGUAUGAGUACUUCCGAGCCAAAGGCACCAACCCUCUGGAGCAAGACAGCACAUUUUCUGAGCUCUGGCGGACCAUCAGCAAGAAUGGAGGGGCUGACAACUGUGUGUCCAGCCCUUCAGAAGGCAUCAGGAAGGCAAAGAAGGGGAACUACGCCUUUCUGUGGGAUGUUGCCGUGGUGGAAUAUGCAGCCCUGACAGAUGAUGACUGCUCCGUGACGGUCAUUGGCAACAGCGUCAGCAGCAAGGGCUAUGGGAUCGCCCUGCAGCAUGGCAGCCCCUACAGGGACCUCUUCUCCCAGAGGAUCCUGGAACUGCAGGACACUGGGGAUCUGGAUGUGCUCAAGCAGAAGUGGUGGCCACACACAGGCCGCUGCGACCUCACCAGCCACGCCAGUGCCCAGGCGGAUGGCAAGGCCCUCAAGCUGCACAGCUUCGCCGGGGUCUUCUGCAUCUUGGCCAUCGGCCUCCUCCUCGCCUGCCUGGUGGCUGCCCUGGAGUUGUGGUGGAACAGCAACCGGUGCCACCAGGAGACUCCCAAAGAGAGCGGGUACAGCAUGAGCAGCGCCAGAGAGCCCUUCCCCACCCUGCCCCGCCCAUGCGCCUCCACCCUGACCUGGAGAGACCAGCUGUAGGGACAAAGAAGUGAAUCUGGAGCAGGUCCAUCGGCGCAUGAACAGUCUCAUGGAUGAAGACAUUGCUCACAAGCAGAUCUCCCCGGCGUCCAUUGAGCUCUCAGCCCUGGAGAUGGGGGGCCUGGCUCCCAGCCAGGCCUUGGAGCCCACGCGGGAGUACCAGAACACGCAGCUCUCGGUCAGCACCUUUCUGCCGGAGCAAAGCAGCCAUGGCACGAGCCGGACACUCUCGUCAGGGCCCAGCAGCAACCUGCCUCUGCCACUGAGCAGCUCGGCCACCAUGCCCUCCAUGCAGUGCAAACACAGGUCGCCCAACGGGGGGCUGUUCCGCCAGAGCCCUGUGAAGACCCCCAUCCCCAUGUCCUUCCAGCCCGUGCCUGGAGGCGUCCUUCCGGAGGCCUUGGACACCUCCCAUGGCACCUCCAUCUGACCGCGCCGCCCGCCCUCCUGCCCGCCCGUCCACCCACCCGACCAGCAGAGCUUUUUAAUACCAGAAAACAACACAAACCACACAUACAUACACACACACACAGAGACUCUUUCAUUUUUCUUGUAUAUACCUGUAAAUAACGACAGAAUGGAGUGGGGUAAAAGUGUAUUUUGAAUAUUCCCAAUUUUCGAAGUCAGUAAAAAAAAAAAAAAAAA